GUCAUUGUCUACAACAAACGUCUUGAAAAUCACUCCCGAAAAAACACAUAAAACAGUGCUUAAAUACGUUAAAACAGUGAGUGCAACAGUUACAAAUACAUAUAUUGUUGUGGAAAGUGCACUAAUUAAAUAAAUCACGCACGAACUAUACUCUAAGAAGCUAAAAAUUUGCUGUGAAAACAUUCAUAACAUAACCUCCAAAUACUAUUAAGUGCAAAACAUAGACAAUACAGUCAUCUGUCAAGUUUCAAUCACGACAACAUUACAAAACAAAUUUGAAUAGUGUUGCCACUAAAAAAAAAAAAAAAAAACAAAAAUUUAACCACUAUAUUUCGCGCCAAUUUUUGAAAUUCUCUGGUAAAAUAUUUGAAUUUAAAAGUAAGAUUAUGGAAGGCCAGAUGGAACUAUUACUGAAAAAAAUCCAGGAAGAAAUGGACAAACAAACAAUAACGAUUACGGAGGCUGUUACUCGAAGUAUUUCACAACAAAUGGGAGAAAAAUUCAAAAUGUUACAAGAACAAAACCAGCACCUUCAAGAUGAAAUUUCAGAGUUAAAGGAUAAAAUUAGAGGCUUAGAGACACAAAAGAAAAAGAACAAUCUACUAUUUUUUGGGAUAAAAGAAGACAGGGAAAAAGAAUCAAAUAUUAUAAAAUUCAUGAAAGAUUUUAUUAACAAUCACCUGUCGCUGGGCAUCCAGGAAUACGAAAUUGAUAAAGCUCAUAGGAUUGGACACAGAAAAAGUAACGGACUUCGUCCUAUACUUAUUUCCUUCACUUCCACCUGGAGACGAAACAUAAUCCUCAAAAAUAAAAAUAAAUUUCCGCAAGGAGUAUACAUUAAAGAAGACUUUACGAAGGAAACGCUAGACAUAAGAAAAUCUCUACAGCCGAAACUCGAAGAAGAAAGAAACAAGGGUAAUAUAGCCUACCUGCGAGGAGACAAGCUUAUAGUCAAGAAACCAACGGAUAUUCAAAAGAGUGAAAAGAGGAAGAGAGAAUCAUCCUUCUCACCAAAUCAGGGGUCCGGAACACUGAGCGAACCAUCUUCCUCAGCGGGCCAUAAAAAAAAUUGCUGCAAAGAACGCAUUUGAGUUUAUGUCCCGUCCUAGAAGCAACUCACUUAAAGAAAAGACUAAUAAGUAGCAGUUAAAGCCUGCCAGCAACCGAAAAAAAGACAAUGACAACUGCAAAAACAACUUUCAAGAAAUAAACCGAAUAAAAACUCCCCCAAGCCGGCUGGUCCCCGUGGGGGAAAGAGACCAUAACCCUCUAGUUAAAAUAAAAACAAAAAAUGAAACUCUAAAAAUUGGUACAUUUAACGUCAGAUCAUUAGGGUCGGAGAUAAGAUAUAUAGAAUUAAUGCACUCACUACAAAAAAUAGAAAUAGACAUACUUGGUAUAGCGGAAGUCAGAAAAAUGGGAUGCAAUAUUGAAGAACAUGACAGCUAUAUCCUGUGUUAUAAAGGAGAAACAGCUGGGCUGUAUGGAGUAGGCUUUCUCAUCAAGAAAAAACACAAAAGAAGCAUCAUAAACUUCACAGGAAUUUCAGAACGGGUCGCUGUUCUACAAAUGAAAUACGACAACGAAAUACUCUCAAUAAUACAGACGUACGCCCCUACAGAAAAAUCAUCCGAAGAAGCAAUAACCUCAUACUACGAAACCUUAGAAGUAGCUUUUACCCUUAUUGGACAAUAUCAUCAUCUUCUUCUAAUUGGAGAUUUUAACGCUCAGGUUGGACAAACAAAUAUGAAUGACAGUUUGGUCAUGGGAAAAUUUGGCUAUGGAACUCGAAGUGAAAGGGGUGAAAAACUAGUGCAAUAUGCCUUAGAGAACAAACUUUCUAUUAUGAAUACAUUUUUCAAAAUGAGAAAAAAUCGUAAGUGGACCUGGCUGUCACCAGACGGAAAGAUAAAAAAUGAGGUGGAUUAUAUCCUAACAAAUGAACCCAAGAAAAUAAGGAACAUAGAAGUUCUCCACGGCAUAGGAUUUAGAUCAGACCAUCGUUUGGUGAGAGCUACGUACAUUUUAGGCAAACAGAAGAAAGUCAGAACAACUUUUAAAACGCAACCUAAAUCAUUAAAAUCAACAGAAGAUAUCAGUCGCUACUUGAAAAAUCUAGAAGACAACAUACAAAAAUUGAAUCUCCAAGACAAUGACCACGACGUCCAGACACUUUAC